UGCAGAGGGGUCUGAUGGAGUUCCUGAGGGGGCUGCGGCCUGUGGCCCUGGCUGCGGAAGAGGCCGCGGAGUUGGGCGUGAUGCUGCACGAUGUGGCCCCGCGGCUGAUGCGUGUCAGGCGUGUCCCCCUGCUGUCCAGGGGCCAGGCCUUCAGCGAGGGCCCCCAGGGGCCCCCUGCAACCCCGACACUGCCCCCCAUCUAUCCAACCUACCUGGAAGCCUUGGGGCCCGGCAGCAGCAGUGUGAGUAGAGGGCGGGCUCCGGCAGGUCAGGCCCCCAGAGCGGAGAAUCGUAGCGCCACCAUGUCCAGCCUCACCAUCGACCCUGAGCUCAAGCCGGGCGAGUACGUCAUCAAGAGCCUGUUCGCCGACUUCGCUGUGCUCGCCGAGAAGAAGAUCGAGGUGGUGAUGGCCGAGCCCCUGGAGAAGCCCCUCUCUCGGUCCCUCCAAAGGGGGGAGGAUGCACAAUUUGAUCAGUUAAUAAGCUCUAUGAGCUCGAUAGCGGAACACUGUUUGCCCUCUCUGCUGCGCACGCUGUUUGACUGGUACCGCCGCCAGAGUGGCACAGAGGACGAGUCCUACGAAUACCGCCCACGGGCCAGCACCAAGUCCAAAGGAGAUGAGCAGCAUCGGGACAAAGACUACCUGCUGGAGCGGAGAGAUUUAGCCAUAGAUUUCAUUUUCUGUUUAGUUUCAGUUGAGGUCUUAAAACAGAUUCCUCUGCACCCUGUGCCAGACGCUUUAGUUCAUGAAGUCCUCAACCUGGCAUUUAAGCACUUUAAACACAAGGAGGGGUACUCAGGACCCAACACUGGGAAUGUGCACAUCAUCGCCGACCUGUAUGCGGAGGUCAUCGGCGUCCUCACACAGUCAAAGUUCCAGGCGGUGAGGAAGAAGUUCAUGACGGAGCUGAAGGAGCUGAGGCAGAAGGAGCCGUCCCCCCACGUGCUGCAGAGCGUCAUCAGCCUCAUCAUGGGCAUGAAGUUCUUCCGCGUCAAAAUGUACCCCGUGGAGGACUUCGAGGCCUCCUUCCAGUUUAUGCAGGAGUGUGCGCAGUAUUUUCUGGAGGUGAAGGAUAAGGACAUUAAGCAUGCUCUGGCCGGCCUCUUCGUGGAGAUUCUCAUCCCUGUUGCUGCUGCAGUUAAGAAUGAAGUCAACGUGCCAUGUUUGAAAAACUUUGUAGAAAUGCUCUACCAGACGACCUUUGACCUCAGCUCCAGGAAGAAGCACUCUCUGGCGCUGUAUCCCUUGGUUACCUGCUUGCUGUGUGUCAGUCAGAAGCAGUUCUUCCUCAACAACUGGCACAUAUUCCUGCAGAACUGUCUGUCUCAUCUGAAGAACAAGGACCCCAAAAUGUCCCGUGUUGCUCUAGAGUCCCUGUAUCGCCUGCUGUGGGUUUACAUCAUCCGCAUCAAGUGUGAGAGCAACACUGUCACCCAGAGUCGUUUGCUCAGCAUAGUCUCAGCACUUUUUCCGAAGGGCUCCCGCAGCGUGGUGCCUCGGGACACGCCCCUCAACAUCUUUGUCAAGAUCAUCCAGUUCAUCGCUCAGGAAAGGCUUGAUUUUGCAAUGAAAGAGAUCAUCUAUGACCUGCUCUGUGUGGGGAAGUCGCACAAGACCCUUCACAUCAAUCCAGAGAGGAUGAACGUGGCUUGCGGGCGUUCCCUGGUGGUGGCGGACAGUCUGCAGCAGAAGGAGGGCGAGCCGCCGAUGCCCACCGGAGUCAUCCUCCCGUCAGGCAACACUCUGCGCGUGAAGAAGGUCUUCCUCAACACCACCCUGACCGACGAGGAGGCCAAGGUCAUCGGCAUGUCACUGUACUACCCCCAAGUGCGCAAGGCACUUGACAACAUCCUGCGUCACCUGGACAAGGAGGUGGGCCGGCCCAUGAGCCUGACCAGCGUGCAGAUGUCCAAUAAGGAGCCCGAGGACAUGAUCACGGGGGAGCGGAAGCCGAAGAUUGAUCUGUUCAGGACGUGUGUGGCUGCGAUUCCCCGGCUGAUCCCAGACGGCAUGAGCAGACAGGACCUCAUCGAGCUGCUCGCCAAGUUGACCAUCCACAUGGACGAGGAGCUGCGGGGCCUGGCCUUCACCACGCUGCAGGCGCUGAUGGUGGACUUCCCCGAGUGGCGUGAGGACGUUCUGUCCGGCUUCGCCUACUUCAUCGUGCGUGACGUCACCGACGUCCACCCCACGCUGCUGGACAACGCCGUCAAGAUGCUGGUGCAGCUCAUCAGCCAGUGGAGGCAAGCUGUGCUCUCCAGCAACCGCAGCCAGGGCGGGGGCUGCCCCUCUCUGCCUCUCUGCUCCCCGUUGGCGGGGGUGCUCCAUGUGGUGGAGGGGUUGGCCUUGGUGGUGCUGUGCAACUGUCGCCCGGCAACCCGCCGGCUGGGUGUCAACGUGCUGAAGGAGGUGCGCGCCCUCUACACUGCCCUGGGCAUCGCCAAGGGAGAGGAGGAGUUGGCCAUCGAUGUGAUGGACAGGAUGAGUGCUUCAGUGCUGGAGAGUUUCAUUCACCUUACAGGAGCAGACCAGACGGCUCUGCUGUACUGCCCCAGCAGCGUGGACCUGCAGUCUCUGGCGGAGUGGAGUUCGUCUCCCAUCAGCCACCAGUUCGAUGUGCUCAGCCCCUCCCUCAUCUGGAUCUUUGCCCAUGUGACCCAGGGCCAGGACCCCUGGGUGGUCAGCCUGUCCAGCUACCUGCGGCAGCAGGGUCUGCUCCGUCACUGUCCUACGGCACUCAGCUACGCCUGGAUGUUCGCCUACACCCGCCUCACCCUGCUGUCCCCCCAGGUGGACAUAAACAGUCCGAUCAAUGCUAAGAAGGUGAACAGCGUGAGCAGCGGUGACUCGUAUGUGGGGCUGUGGAGGAACUACCUGAUCCUCUGCUGCAGUGCGGCCUCCUCCUCUUCCUCCUGCACCUCCUCCUCUUCCUCCUCCACCUCGGGCUCUGUGCGCUGCUCUCCUCCCGAGGCCCUGGCCUCCACCCCCGACAGCGGAUACAGCUACGACUCCAAGAUCAUCGGUGUUCCGUCCCCCUCCUCCUUGUUCAAGCACAUCGUGCCCAUGAUGCGCUCAGAGAGCAUGGACAUCACUGAGUCCCUGGUGCUGGGGCUCGGCCGCACCAACCCUGCAGCCUUCCGGGAGCUCAUAGAGGAGCUGAACCCCAUUAUCAAAGAAGCGCUGGAGAGACGACCUGAGAACAUGAAGCGGAGGAGGAGGCGGGACAUUCUGCGUGUGCAGCUGGUGCGGAUAUUCGAGCUGCUCGCCGACGCCGGCGUCAUCAGCCAGACGGCGAGUGGGGGGCUGGACGGGGAGGCGCACUGUCUGAACCCCUCGCUGCUGGAGUACGUGGACCUGACCCGCCAGCUUCUGGAGGCCGAGAACGACAAGGACUCAGACACGCUGAAGGACAUCCGCUGUCACUUCAGCGCCCUGGUGGCCAACAUCAUCCAGAAUGUUCCAGUUCAUCGGCGGAGGGAGAUCUUCCCGCAGCAGUCUCUGAGGCACAGCCUGUUCAUGCUGUUCAGCCACUGGGCGGGGCCAUUCAGCAUCAUGUUCACUCCCCUCGACCGCUACAGCGACCGCAACAUGCAGAUCAACCGCCACCAGUACUGCGCACUCAAGGCCAUGUCUGCAGUGCUGUGCUGCGGCCCUGUGGCUGAUAACGUGGGCCUGUCCUCUGACGGCUACCUGUACAAGUGGCUCGACAACAUCCUGGACUCUCAGGACCGCAAGGUGCACCAGCUGGGCUGUGAGGCAGUGAUGCUGCUCCUGGAGCUCAACCCCGAGCAGAGCAACCUGCUGUUCUGGGCCGUGGACCGCUGCUACACCGGGUCCCGCCGCGUGGCGGCCGGCUGCUUCCGCGCCAUCGCUAACGUCUUCCACAGCAGGGAUUACCAGUUUGACACGGUGGUGCUUCUGAAUCUGAUCAUUUUCAAAGCUGCAGACUCUUCCAGAGAGAUCUACGAGGCCGCCAUGCAGCUCCUGCAGAUCCUGGAGCCCAAGCUGUUCCGAUACGCACACAAGCUGGAGAUCCAGCGCAGUGAUGGAAUCCUGAGCCCUCCCGCCCUGCUGCCCCACCUCUACUCCGCCUCCUACUACCAGCUGUCUGAGGAGCUGGCUCGCACCUACCCCGAGCUCACGCUGCCCAUGUUCUCAGAGGUGAGCCAGCGGAUCCAGACAGCGCACCCUGCUGGCAGGCAGGUGAUGCUGCACUACCUGCUGCCCUGGAUGAACAACGUGGAGCUGCUGGACUUCAGGCCGGCCGGCCGGCGGGGGGAGGAGCCCGCGGCGGGAGAGGGGGCGGAGCCCCGCGACCAGGACCUGAUGACUCACAGCCGGCGCUGGCUGAAGGGCCAGGGCUGGGGCUCACCCCACGCCACCACCAUGGUGCUCAACAACCUGAUGUACAUGACCGCCAAGUACGGGGACGAGUUCGCCUGGUCUGAGAUCGAGAACGUUUGGACCACGCUGGCCGACAGCUGGCCCAAGAACCUCAGGAUCAUCUUGCACUUCCUCAUCAGCAUGUGUGGGGUGAAGAGUGAACCCAGCCUGCUGCCCUAUGUGAAGAAGGUGGUGGUGUACCUCGGCCGGGAUAAGACCAUGCAGCUGCUGGAGGAGCUGGUGUGUGAGCUGGAGCUGACGGAUCCCGUGUGCUCGGCCGUCACGCACAUGGACAACCCCCCCUACUACCGCAUCUCCUCCAGCUGCAAGAUCCCCUCUGUGGCCUCAGGAACCACUUCCAGUAGCAACACCAUGGUGCCGGGCCCCGAUGGGCACCAUGAGGGCAAAAUGGACGACAAUUACGCCCAUCUGGAUAUCUACAGCGGGCUGAAUACCAACCUGAGCCGGCAGCACCAUCGCCUGGAGUCCCGCUACAGCAGCAGCUCAGGAGGAUCCUAUGAGGAGGAGAAGAGUGAUUCCAUGCCCGUCUACGCUAACUGGCGUUUGAAGGUUAUGGAACACAACCGGCCAGAGCCCCUCCCAUUUCCCCCAAUGGGUGGAUCCUGGUCCCCGCUGGUCGAUUACCUGCCCGAGACCAACACACCUGGAGUUCCUUUACACAGGUGUAAUAUUGCCGUCAUCCUGCUGACUGACCUCAUCGUAGACCAUGGGGUCAAGGUGGAGUGGAGCUCCUACCUGCACCUGCUGCUGCACGCUAUCUUCAUAGGGUUUGACCACCAGCAUCCAGAGGUCUAUGAACACAGUAAACGUCUGCUGCUCCACCUGCUGGUCAUCCAGGGAACCAACAGCAACGUCCAAUCACUGGCCUCCAUCCUGCUACGCAACCGCGAGUACAACGACCCCAAAGUUCUGACUGUCAAACCACCACCGCGCGACUACAACCUCACAGGUGUGCGUGACCUUGUGCCAGAGUACCAGCCGUCGCCGAUGACGGACUCGGGACUCAGUUCCAGUUCCACCUCCUCCAGCAUCAGUCUUGGCUCCACGCUCCCACACCUGACACCUACUGGCAGCAUCUCCCAGCCACACCUGACACCUACUGGCAGCAUCUCCCAGCCACACCUGACGCCCAGCGGGGGCUCCGCCCUCCCUCACCUGACGCCCAGCGGGGGCUCCGCCCUCCCUCACCUGACGCCCAGCGGGGGCUCCGCCCUCCCUCACCUGACGCCCAGCGGGGGCUCCACCCUCCCUCACCUGACGCCCACGCUGCUGAAUGAGGUGGACCUCUCCAACGAGCAGGACGAGAAGGUGAAGUCACUCAUCGAGUUCAUAACGUCCAGGAAGCGGGGACCCUUGUGGAACCAUGAGGACGUCUCGCCUAAGAACCCCAACAUCAAGAGUGCGGAACAGCUCACCGUGUUCCUCACACAUGUGGUCAACGUCUUCAAACAAAGCCAGUCAGGGUAUGACCUGGAGGAGGUGCUCAGUGAGGUGGCUCUGCAGACCGCUCUCUCCUGCUCCUCCCGUCACUACGCUGGCCGCUCCUUCCAGAUGUUCCGGGCCCUGAAGCAGCCGCUCAGCGCCUCUACGCUCUCUGACCUCCUGUCCCGUCUGCUGGAGACCGUGGGAGAUCCUGGAGAGGAGGCACAGGGUUUUGUGAUAGAGCUGCUCCUGACGCUGGAGUCUGGGAUCGAUACGCUGGCAGACUCCAUGAAGAACUAUGACCUGCUGACUGCUCUGUCACAAGCCUCGAACCCGGAUCCCCCGUACCGCCACCCUCUGCUGGGCACCAAGUUUGCGGCCAAUCGGAAGAGCACGGGCCAGCUGAACCUGGGGGGGCGGAGCCACGGCCCGCACAGCCCCGCCCACUAUGGCCACGCCCGCAGCAACUCUCUCCGCGCCAGCCUGGCGGGCGAUCCCCCGGCCGACCGUCGCCGUAGCAACACCCUGGACAUGGUGGAGGGGCGGGGCGGUAACCACGGCAGCCUGGCUCGAACCCGCAGCCUCUCGUCCCUGCGGGAGGGGCGGGGCGCCGGGGAGCCCCCGCCCCCGGCCGACCCCUCCAACCUCAUGGCCACCAUCUUCUGGAUCGCCGCCUCGCUGCUGGAGUCCGACUACGAGUUCGAGUACCUGCUGGCGCUGAGGCUGCUGAACAGGCUUCUGGGACAGCUGCCUCUGGAGCGGGAGGACUGCCGGCAGCGCGUCCAGGCCGUUCAGGCCCAGCUGCACUGGCACAGCUUCCCCGGCCUGCAGCCGCUCUUCCUCAAGGGCUUCACCUCCCCCAACACCAUGGAGCUCACCGUGCAGCUGCUCUGCAAGCUCAUCCCCGCUGCCCGCCACGCCCUGGUGGACCCCGCACAGGGUGCAGGUUUUCCUCUGAACAUCCUGUGCCUGCUGCCUCACCUGAUCCAGCACUUCGACAGCCCCACGCCGUUCUGCAAGGAGGCGGCGGACCGCGUGGCCCGGGCGUGUGCGGCGGAGGAGAAGUGUUCCACGCUGGCCAACCUGGCGCACAUGAUGAGUCUGUACAGCUCACACAGCUACUCCCGGGACUGCGCCAGCUGGGUCAACGUGGUGUGCAGGUACCUGCACGACUCCUUCUCCGAGCUCUCCUUCAGCCUGCUCACCUACCUGUCUGAGCUCCUGGAGAAGGGCCUGGCCAGCAUGCAGCAGUCUCUGCUGCAGAUCAUCCAUAGCCUGCUCAGCCACAUCGACCUGUCCACCGCACCCGUCAAACAGUUCAACCUCGACAUCAUGAAGAUCAUUGGGAAAUACGUACAGAGCCCGUACUGGAGGGAGGCGCAGCUCAUCCUGAAGCUGGUGGUGUCUCGCUCGGCCAGCCUGGCCGUCCCUGAGGAGGGGCAGCGCUCCGGCUCGCCCGAGAUCGCCUUCGCCCGCAUCUUCAGCUGCAAGGAGCUGCCCGGGAAAACGCUCGACUUCCACUUCGACAUCUCCGAGACGCCCAUCAUUGGUCAUAAGUAUGGGGACCAGCGCACCGCGGCGGGGCGGGGGGGGAAGCCCCAGGUCAUCGCCGUGACGAGGAGCACCUCCUCCACCUCCUCUGGGUCCAACUGCACCGGCCUGCUGCCCGUCAGCUGGAAGAGACCGCACCUCUCUCAGAGGAGAACCAGAGAGAAGCUCAUGAACGUCCUGUCGCUCUGUGGUCCGGAAUCUGGCCUUCCCAAGAACCCGUCUGUGGUGUUCUCCUCCAGUGAGGAUCUGGAUGGGGGUGAGGCUCAGACCCUGAUCCCCACCGUGGAGGAGGUGGUGCGGGAGGAGGAGCUGGCCAUGGAGGAUGCGGGGAGCGAGCAGCAGUUUGGCGUCUUUAAAGACUUCGACUUCCUGGAUGUGGAGCUGGAGGACGCAGAGGGGGAGAGCAUGGACAGCUUUAACUGGGGCGUUCGGAGGCGGUCCCUGGACAGCGAGGACAAGGGGGACACGCCCUCCCUCCAGGAGUGCCAGUUUGCCGGGAGCACGCCCAGCCUCAGCCUGACCAAUCAGGAGGACACGGACGAGUCGUCGGAGGAGGAGGUACUGAGCGCUAGCCAGAUUCUGAGCCACUCCAGCCUCUUAAACAGCGAUUCCGCGACAGACGAGACAGCGUCCAAUCACGUGGAGUCUCUGCAGCGCUCCCUGGAUUCGUCCAAUCACGUGGAGUCUCUGCAGCGGUCCCUGGAUUCGUCCAAUCACGUGGAGUCUCUGCAGCGGUCCCUGGAUUCAUCCAAUCACGUGGAGUCUCUGCAGCGGUCCCUGGAUUCGUCCAAUCACGUGGAGUCUCUGCAGCGAUCUCUGGACUCGUCCAGCAGUGUGGUGAUGGAGGAGGCCCCUCCCCUGCCACGCCCUGACAGCCCGCCCAGCCUGGACCCCGCUCAAUCAGACAGCGCCAGCAGCAGCCAGCCGCCUGAGGACGCGAGCCUGACGGCGGUAGACGAUCUGAGCAGCAGCGUUAGCGAGGACACUGGGUUCGGCAGCGCCCCCCCGCUGCCCCCCGAGCUGCCAGACCUCCCAGACCCCCCCCCGCAGAGCCCCCCCAGCUCCCUCUGUGAGGACGAGGCCCCGCCCCCUCCCGCCCCGCACAGCGGCCCCGCCUCCGUCUGCGAGGAGGACGUCACUCUGGCCCUGAAAGAGCUGGACCAGCGCUGCGAGGAGGAGGCCCACCUCUCCGACCUGUCCAGUCAGGAUGAAGGGGAUGCAGAAGAGUUCCUGGAGCUCCAGGCGUCUCCCCCCCCCUCGCCGUUCCUCUCCGCUAUCUUGGCAGCCUUCCAGCCGGUUGCCUAUGACGAUGAGGAGGAUGCCUGGCGUUGCCAUGUCAACCAGAUGCUGUCGGACACAGACGGGUCUUCUGCAGUACACACCUUCCAUGUGUUCUCACGCCUCUUCCAGAGUAUCCAGCAGAAGUUUGGCUGUCUGACUCAUGCGGCGGUGAGUUUCCUGGGGGAGGGGCUGUGGCGGAUUGGGGAGCGGUUCUGCAGCUCUCUGGAGGAGAUGAUGGCCUGUUCCCAGUGUCCCACAGUGCUGCUGGACGCAGAGACCCUGGUUUCGUGUGGGCUGCUGGAGACUCUGAAGUUUAGUGUUCUGGAGCUGCAGGAGCAUCUGGACACCUACAACAGCAAGAGGGAGUCCACCCAACAGUGGCUGGAUAACUGUGUGAAAACAUUUGGCGACAAAGACAGUGACUCACGGACCAACACACAGGCCCAGCAAAUGGAAACUCUAGCAGAGCUGGAGUUGUGCCGAAGACUCUAUAAGCUGCACUUCCAGCUGCUGCUGCUGUUCCAGGCCUACUGCAAACUCAUCAGCCGAAUGGACAUCAUCACACAGGAGCCACAGGUCAUUAAUAUGACUGAGGAACUGGCUUUGCUGGAGAGCUGUCUGAAGGAGGCGGAGUGUCUGGCUGACGGACAGGAGGACGUGGGCGUGUCUGAGGCGGUUCGAGCCAAUCCUGAGACGGCAAUCCAGUCACUCAUGGAAGCACUGCACGCACGCGACUUCUGCUCUGCCCUCUCCCAGGUCAAGGCCUUCAGGUCUCUGUGGCCCGACGACAUCUUUGGCAGCAGCGGGGAUGACGCCGUGCGCACUCUGCAGCUCCUGCACUUCCGGCACCAGAGCCUGGGCCAGACGGGCUGUGUGGCCCUGCUGGGCCCCGGCCCCGGCCCCGGCCCCGGCCCCGCCCAGGCCAGCUCCCACCUCAUGCAGCUCAACCUGCAGAUACGCGAGGCGCUGCGAUCGGCCCACACCGGUGCCGUCUGAGGAACCAGGCCUGACUCCACCGCUAAGGGCUAAAGGAUGCGUGUGAUUGGCUGACACCUCUCUGUGGUGGUGGGGAGGGGGGUGUGACCCACAGACAGGACCAAGGGUGUGGGUGUGGCUUUGGGGCAGGGUGGGUGUGGCUAUGUGUGAGAGUGAGUGAGAGAAAGUGUGAGAGUGAGAGAGUGAAAGAGAGAGUGAAAGAAAGAGAGUGAAAGAGAGAGUGUGGCCAGCUUGGGAGUGAUGGGGACUGUCUGUGACGUCUCCAAAGUUUGCAAAAAACUAAAAAUGACAAAAAAGUUUUUUUUUUCCUCCGGAAACUCGAUAGAGGAAGAAAAACACUGCAAGAAUAUUUUUUUGAGAGAUUAAAAUGAUUUUUUAUGAAAGCUAACAUCCUGGUUAGGCUGUAAAUGUUGUGAUAUUUAACCUGCCUGGGGUCUGUAUAGUCUCACUCUGGGGCUCACCUGAUCGCUGAUCAUAGCUAACCAAAAACUAUCUGCCUUUAGAACAUAUAUAUAUAUCUGUGUGUGCGUGUGCGUGUGCGUGUGCGCGCGUGUGUGUCUGUGUCUGUGUGUGUGUGUGUGUGUCCGUGCAUGUCUGUGUGUGUGCGUGUGUGUCUGUGUGUGUGCGCUUGUGUGUGUUUGUGCGUGCGUGUGCGUGCGUGUGUGUGCGCUUGUGUGUGUGUGUGUGUGUGUGUGUGUGUGUGUGUGUGUGUGAGUGUGUGUGAGUGUGUGUGAGUGUGUGUGUGUGUGUGUGUGAGUGUGUGAGUGUGUGCGUGCGUGCAUGUCUGUGUGUGUCCCCGUGUGUGUGGGUGUGGGUGCGUGUGCAUGAUUUUGCACAUGCAGACAUGCAUAUCCAUAAGUACAGACUGGCUACAUUAUGAAAACAUCAAUAACUUAUUUUACUCUGUAUAUAUUUUAGAACUGUAUAGUGUAAAAGCAGUAUUUUUCCUGUACAUUUUGUGCAAUGCACUGUUAAUGCAGAAAGCGUGCCUGAAAGCUGAGGAAGACCACAGAAAAUUAACCCCACCCAAGCAUCAACAUUUCCCCACCAAUCAGGACUGGCAGUGGCAGAGAGGUCAGGGGGCCCGGGGGAGACUCUGAGAGGUCAGAGGUCAGGGGCCCGGGGAGACUCUGCCAGAUCAGUCAUAUGCAUUCCUCUCCACUGUGAUCUCCAUACUGGCUCUGUUCCCCAGAGCAGACUGCUAUAGCACCCGUGUGUUCUGAGGGGAAACUGCGGCCCGUUUUCAUCCAUUUUGGCUCAGCUGAAACUGUCACGGCACAUUCACAUAAUCACUGUAUGCAUUCCUGAGAAACUCCUGUUUGGCCUGUUUGGUACUUUUGAAUGCUGUUCUUAAUUAUUUAACGGAUAUAUUAUUUCCUGGGAAAUAGUUUUUAUUUCAAGGUGCAUUAAAAGUUUAUUUUCUUUUCUUUUUUUCUUUUUGUUUGUUUUUUUUUGUUUUAAGUUUUGGUCAGCCAGCUCCUGAGCGGGGGAGCCUGAUCAAAUGAGCAGCUGGAGUGGAAUGUGCUCUUCCCAUAGGGAGCAAUAGGACUCUUCACAGUGAUGUCACUUCCUGUGCAGUGGUGUCGCUGAGAAUUGAGCGCCACACACCUGUAACAGCAUAACCCUGUAUGUGAUAAUUUACCGAUAGAGGGCUGCACUGUCCUGCAUUAAAAACCUAAAACCUG